GCACUUUCCCACCAUGCAGCGGGUGAUGUCUGAGGAAAGAUGGCGGAAGGAGGAGCGGCAGAUCUGGAUACCCAGAAAGGAGAGGUCGCGGCGCUGUUGAAAACACAGCUAAGAAAGGGGGACACUUGGUACCUGGUGGACAGUCACUGGUUCAAACAGUGGAAGAAAUAUGUGGGAUUUGACAGUUGGGACAAAUACCAGAUGGGGGACCAGAACGUCUACCCAGGACCGGUUGAUAACUCCGGUCUUCUCAGAGAUGGGGAUGUGCUGGCCAUCAAGGAGCACCUCAUCGAUGAGCUCGACUACAUCCUGGUCCCCACAGAGGGCUGGAAUAAGCUCGUCAGCUGGUAUGGGUUGACAGAGAAUCAGGAGCCAAUUGCACGGAAGGUGGUAGAACAGGGUAUGUUUGUGAAGCACUGCAAGGUUGAGGUGUACCUGACGGAGCUGAAGCUCUGUGAAGACAGCAACAUGGACAAUGUGAUCACCAGACGCUUCAGUAAAGCCGACACAAUAGACAUGAUAGAGAAGGAGAUGAGGAAGCUGUUCACCAUCCCUGAUGAGAAGGAGACCAGGCUGUGGAACAGGUACAUGAGCAACACCUUCGAGCCCCUCAACAAACCAGACAGCACCAUCCAAGACGCCGGCCUCUACCAAGGACAGGUUCUCGUAAUAGAGCAGAAGAGUGAGGACGGCUCAUGGCCCCGGGGCUCCACGGCACCCAAGUCAUCUGGUGCUUCCAAUCUCUCUGCUUUGCCAAAGAUCUUGCCUUCAUCUCUCACAAACAAUCAUAACAGCAGCUUCAACAGCAGGAAUGUGAAGAAUUCAAGCUAUAGUCUACCGUCCUACCACCCUUACAACAGUAGCUAUGACUACUCGGACCAGAGCAGGCAGAGUGAGCGCUCGGGCCUCUGUGGACUCUCCAACCUGGGCAACACCUGCUUCAUGAACUCUGCUGUGCAGUGUUUAAGCAAUAUCCCUCCUCUGACGGAGUACUUCCUCAAAGACAAGUUCACAGAGGAGCUGAAUGAGGACAACCCGCUGGGCAUGAAGGGGGAGAUCGCCAGAGCCUACUCGGAGAUGAUCAAGCAGCUGUGGUUGGGAAAAUUCAGCUACGUCACCCCAAGGCCUUUCAAGACCCAGGUGGGCCGCUUUGCCCCACAGUUUUCGGGCUACCAACAGCAGGACUCUCAUGAGCUGCUGGCCUUUCUCCUGGACGGCCUUCACGAAGACUUGAACCGCAUCAGGAAGAAGCCCUACAUCCAGCUAAAGGACGCUAACGGCAGGCCUGACAAGGUGGUGGCGGAGGAGGCGUGGGAGAACCACGUCAAGAGAAACGACUCCAUCAUCGUGGACAUCUUCCACGGCCUUUUCAAGUCCACCCUGGUGUGUCCCGUGUGCUCCAAGGUCUCUGUGACAUUUGAUCCGUUCUGCUACUUGACCCUGCCCCUGCCCAUGAAGAAGGAGCGGACGCUGGAGGUCUACCUGGUCAGACUGGACCCUCUGGCCAAACCCACGCAGUACAAGCUGACCGUGCCCAAGGUGGGCUACAUCUCUGACCUGUGUACCUCCCUCUGCAACCUGUCGGAGGUGCCUGCUGAGAAGAUGAUUGUAACUGACAUCUACAACCACCGUUUCCAUCGGAUCUUCGCCACCAACGAGAACCUCAGCAGCAUCAUGGAGAGAGAUGAUAUCUAUGUGUUCGAGUUGGCGGUGAACAGGGUGGAGGACACGGACCAUGUGGUGAUCCCGGUGCACCUGAGGGAGAAGUACAAACAGUCGGGCUACAACCACACCAGCACGCCGCUGUUCGGACAGCCCUUCCUGCUCGCCGUCCCCAGAACCCUCAGUGAGGACAAACUCUACAACAUGCUGCUGCUGCGCCUCUGCCGGUUUGUGCGAUCUUCAGUAGAGGAGGACGAAGAGGAGUGUGAAGAGACGCAGCCAUCCAAACAACACGCCGUCAACGGUAACGCCACUAAUGGACUGCUGGAGGAGGGGUCGCCGAGUGAGUGCACAACCCACCCCCACACUCACACGCGUUCUGGCGAGAUGGAGACAGACGAUCAGGACGACGAGUCCAGUCAGGAUCAGGAGCUGCCCUCCGAGAAUGACAACAGCCAGUCUGAGGACUCGGUGGACAACGAACUGGAGAACGGCGUGGUCGGCCCACAGAACUCCACCAAGGGCCAGCAGACGGCAGGGCACAGCAGGAGGAGACUUUUUACAUUCCAGUUCAAUAACAUGGGGAAAACGGACUUCUCCCUCAUCAAGGAGGACACCAGGCAGAUCCGCUUUGACGAGGGACACCUCCGACUCAGUGACCGCUCUUAUCUCUCCUUGGACUGGGAGCCGGAGAUGAAGAAGAAGUACUUUGACGAGACCGCUGUCGAGGACUUUGACAAGCAUGAGAGCAUGGACUACAAGCCUCAGAAGAAGGCUUACUUCAAGCUGAACGACUGCAUUGAGCUUUUUACCACCAAGGAAAAACUGGGAGCAGAGGACCCAUGGUACUGUCCAAGCUGUAAGCAGCACCAACAGGCCACGAAGAAGCUGGACCUGUGGUCUCUGCCGCCGGUGCUGGUGGUCCAUCUGAAGCGCUUCUCCUACAGUCGGUACAUGAGGGAUAAACUGGACUCCCUGGUUGAUUUUCCACUCAGAGACCUGGACAUGUCCGAGUUCCUGAUCAACCCCAACGCCGGGCCCUGUCGCUACGACCUCAUUGCUGUGUCCAACCACUAUGGCGGGAUGGGUGGAGGCCACUACACGGCGUACGCCAAGAACAAAGACGACGGGAAGUGGUACAACUUUGAUGACAGCAGCACGUCUCCCGCCAACGACGAUCAAAUCGUGUCCAAAGCCGGCUACGUGCUGUUCUACCAGCGCCAGGACACGAUGAAAGGCACCGGGUACUUCGCUCUCGACCGCGAGGAAGAAGAGGAGGAGGAGGAAGGAGAAGAAGAUGAGGAGAACGAAGGCGAGGAGAGGCAGGAGAGAAACAGCCCCUCGUCCACUCAAGGGGCCUCUUCCUCCGCCAGUGCCGCCUCCGCCGGUGCCGCCACUCAGAGUGACGAGGAGGACGUGAACGAGAACCGGCGCAGGAAGAACGACAACGAGCAGGGAAAUGAGGAGGACGACAACGACGACGACGAGGAGGAGGAGGAGGAGGAGGAGGAGCAGGAGCAGCAGGCGCCCAAUCGAGAUGUCACUAUGAAAACCAACUGAGGCAAACGAGGACGCAAACACAUGGAGAGAAAGAGAGACAAGGAUCUUUCCAUCCAAAGCCAUAUGGACACACAGCAUGGCAGCGGGCGCCACCGGUCCCGCCCAGCGGCCUCGGACUCGGCCGCUCGACAGGCUGAGCCACUGCGGGGGUGCCGGCUGUUAGGUCAGGGAGCUGCCGCGGUACGCGACUCAGGGCCCUCCUCUGUGGUUGGAACACUGUGUGUGUGUGUGUGUGUGUGUGUGUGUGUGUGUGUGUGCGCGCGUGUUUGUGUGUGUGCGUAUGUGUCGCCACGUCCAUUCGUUUAGGAUCUGCUCACCUGCUCUCUGAAAAGAGUCACUGAACGACAUUGGGGACGGAUUUAGAGGCUCAUCUCCCCCCCCCCUGCUUUUCGUUUUCCUUGUUUUUUUUAUAUAUAUAUUUUUGAGAGCAAUGCAUUAUUGGAAUAUCAUUUUAUUAUCAUUUAGACCGUGUAAAUAUUUUAAACACUGAAUCAUAUCGGGUUUUCAUGAUGUGCCGAAACAUUUUGAACUUGCACAAUCACCAACCAUCCACCUUCUUUUUAUGUAUUAUUGCCAGACAUACUGCAACUGUACCAUAAAGUUGUCUCUCAGAGGGUUUUCUCACGUAGCGUAGGAAGCUGCUUUUAGUGAGCCUCGCGUAGAGAAGGUCUGCUCAUCGCUGGUUUUUAUAAAGUGUCGAACAGCCAAACUGUCUUAGCUUUGUGCUGCUGCUGCUGCUGUGAUCUUGCAUUUUUUUAGACAGAUUAUUAGUGUAUCGGCAUGAAUUUUAGCGAUUUAUGGCCCUGCUUUUGCUGUCUCUUUCUCUGGUCUCCUGUUGAUCGUCUCUAUUUCUUGAAACCUAAAAUGAAGCAGGAUUUAGAAGUCAUCCAGCUAACUUUGCAAAAAACAACACAUUUUAUCUGCAAAAAUCGAAUAAGUAAAAACAUGUUUCACUCUGUUUUAAUAAACUCAACAUAAUUAGCAGGGACUGCAACAAAUAUCCAUUUUAAAGUUAGCCGGCCGUCCUAUGCCACAAAUCUCAUCUUUCAGUUAUUCAUUGGUGGUGUUUAAGGCUUUACCACGACUCCUCUCGCUCUCUCUCUCUCUCUCUUUCUUUCUUUCUUUCAUCUUCGAGGCACUGUGAGAUUAGGAACAUUGGUGAUUUCGCUGACAUCGGAUGGAUCAUCUCUUGUUUCGGAUCACCUCGGCCUUAACUCUUAAUCUCAGACCGGUCGCCUUUUCUUUGCACAUUACCAAUCGCACCUCUUCUAUGCCCCCCCCCCCCCCACCCCCACACACACACGCACCAACACGCAUGCAAGAAUGUCCGUCUCAUUUGUCCGCUCGGUCCAUCGCAGCCACGUCAUCUCCCCACAAGAGGGCCAGAAUGUAUGCUGAAUGGUAUGAACACUGACCAGAUGUAUGUGGUUGAUGCCUUUUUAUUUUCUAUUCUUUCUAGGGCCAGGGUUUUUUUUUUUUUUCUGCAUUUUUUCCCAUGGCUCCCUUUCUUGGUUUGGUUGAAUGUGAUGGUAAAGGGUUGUUAUCGCCUUUGGUGUUAGCUGUAUGAAUCCAUGGGUACUGCUGAAUGCGUCCCUUUUCGAAAGGGGGGGAAGAAAUGCUUCUUUGUGGUCCUGAGUGUUUAGGGAGGGAGGGAGAGGGACAAGACUGAAAAGUGGGGUGAGUCCACCCAAAAGGCCCCAUCAACUUCUUGGAUCAUGAUACGGUGAAAAUGCAGGAUGUGACUCGUGAUGAAGCUAUUCUCCAUGGUGGAGUGUUCUGUUUUCUUUUUUCUACCUGUUCUUCCAUUGUAAACCGCAUCAGCGUACCUGUUGUUGCCUCCGAAUAGUGGACGUGUACCAUGCCUUUAUGAGCAUCGUCUGCUGCGCUUCAUCGCCUCAGCGCUGCCUUGCCUUUUGGGUGACUCACCCCCCCCUCUCUCAUCCUGACUGAGUGAGAUGUGAUUGCUACUAUAGGCUUAUACAAUACUGUACAUAAGAGUUCACUCUGUGAGUGCACAUUUGAUAAAGUUUAUUUAUUUAUAUGUAAGCAUUUAAUAAUAAACAGACAAUAUAUUUAAAACCUUGGCAAGACCUGAAAUGUCAGGGGGGGGGUUGGGGGGGAAGGGCGAAGGGAUGUGGCUCGAGUCCACGCUUACACUAGUUUGCCAGGUCUCACCUGUGCUCUUGUCAGGGAGGGAAUAUUUAAAAAAAAAAAAAAAAAAGGAUGGUUCUGUUGUUUUGGGACUUUUUUUUGUAAAAAAUAAUCCAGACAUCGUUGCAUGACGACAUAACGAGGGGGUUCCAGGUUUGGCUGCACUUGAGUUCACGUGGGUUUACAUUUGAAAUGUGCAUGUGUAUUCAUACACAAUCUUCAAUAAAGUUGUGUAAAGCUUC